GUGUACACAUUUGUGUACACUUUACACAUUUUGUGUACAUCACCAUUUUUAUUUACCUCAAUCUGUUCACCCCAACUCCAGGUUUUGCACCACAGUGUCACACUUCCUUCCAUUUCUCCUAAACAAACUUGCAGAAGAAGAUUAGUUUCUUAAAGCUGCAGAAUUUCACGAAUGGUUCCUGAGGAUUCGAGUCUGAUAAACAAAAAACAGCAAGCCAAAUUCCGCCUCUGCAAUGUUGCUGGCUACAAGACUGAUUUACUUGAAAUCCAUGCCCAAAGGCCUGAAUUGCAUAUUUUGUUCAUUCCGGGAAAUCCAGGAGUUGUUUCAUUUUAUGUUGAUUUUCUUGAAUCACUAUUUGAGCUACUGGGAGGAACUGCAUCUGUUACAGCUAUCUCUCACAUAUCUCACAGCAAAAAGAAUUGGGAGUUUGGGAGGCUGUUUUCCUUGCAAGCUCAAAUUGAUCAUAAGAUGAACUUUAUUGAGCAGGAAUUUAAUAAUGUUGAAGUUCCUAUAAUCCUGGUUGGCCACUCAAUUGGCUCCUACAUAUCUCUGGAAAUCUUUAAAAGAUUACAGAAAGAGGUGGGGUUCUGCAUUGGACUAUAUCCAUUUCUGACUGUGAACACCAAAUCUUGGACACAAUCUUUUAUUAAGAAGAUUGCAGCAUCGAGGAGUAUAUCUGCAAUGCUUAGUUCUAUUGUGGCAUGUUUGGGAAUGCUACCAGCCUGGAUCUCUACAUAUUUUGUGAAGAAAUAUGUUGGGAAGUUAUGGUCUCCUACUGCAGUUGAUGCCCUUUGCACACAUCUUCUCCAGUUCCACACGAUGCAGAACGUACUUUUCAUGGCAAUGACAGAGUUCGAUAAGCUUUCUGAGGCACUCGAUUGGGCCUUCUUGAGGGACAACAGAAGCCAAAUAGCCUUUUUAUUUGGGGAUGAUGAUCACUGGGGCCCUGUGCAUGUACUUGAAGAGAUUUGUGAGAAGGUUCCAGGAGCAGUGGUAACAGUGGAAGAGGAGGGCCAUUCUCACGCUUUCUCAUGCACAGAGGCUGGCUCCUUAUGGGCAGCUAAAUAUGUCGCCGGCAUGGUUAUGAGAUACACCACCACCUCGAAGAAGCCAUUAAAUCUGUAAGGGUAUGUUUGAUUCAAGUAAUCACCUAUGCAGGCCGGAAUCUCAUGCUCGGAAUUUGAAAUAUUCGUGUUUGAUUCGUAGGUUUAUUUUUAUGGGGAAAUGUCACAUUCCGAAAAAAGAAGAGAAAGUAAUAGGGUGUCCCUUCAUCUCAAACCCACUCAACUCUUAGGUUUUCUUACAUUCCUUAGUGGAGGUGAAUUUGAUUCCAAACAUACCCAUUCUCAUUUAACCAAAAUGGUUUAAAUAGCAUACAGA